AUGCCGAUAUCAAAUAUAACAAAUAAAAUUAGUGAUACAGCACGUAAACGAGCUAUUAUUAUGUUAUUACUUGUUACUUUAUUAUAUUUUAUUGCAUUUUCACCAGCACAAAUUAAUUUUAUUUAUACACAAGUAUAUGGAUUACAUCAUUUAUUUGAAAAUCGUCUAUUUUUUAUUAUAUCAAUAUUGUUAGUUUUAUCAACAACAGCUUUUAAUCCAAUAUUAUUUUAUAUAUUUAGUAAAUUUUUUCGACAUAAAUUUAAUACUAUUUUACGUCGUUUUUGUCCAAUAUAUCGUAUACAUUCAAGACGACAAAAUGAUUUCCCAAUGAUUUAA